UAUUUAGCUGCGCAUUGAAAGGUUAAGGUUCGCUUGAGAACGGUAAUUCAGUAGCUCAGAAAAUGAGUUUAAUGAUGACGUGAGGUGGACAGAGGCAGAUAAAUACCCCCGGGGGCAUGGAGACCCGAGAGAGGCGAGGCGCACACCUUGCAGGUUGUAUAGAACGAGAAUCCCAGUCACAAUGCUGGCAUCACGGGCACUGUUGGUAAAACAGGUGGCGGCCGUCCUGACCAAACAGCCAGUCUGCCUCACUCACCACUCAGGGGACUGGGGCAACUGGGGGAACACCAGCAUCUCUGUGGUGUUUUCUGGGUGUGGAUGGUGGGAUGGGACUGAUAUCCAUGAAGCUGCAUACACCGUGUAUCACCUGAGCCGCAAUGGCGCUCGUUUCCAGCUGUUUGCCCCGAACCAGCAGCAGAUGCACGUGGUGGAUCACGUGAAAGGCCAGCCCGCGUCCGGGGAGAACAGCCCCGCAACCCUGUGUCGCCGGAAGAAAGUGUCAGGAGAGCACGGCAAGGGUGAAACCGACACUAAAAGUGACACCACACAGUCCCACAUUGUGUCGCCGGUGUAUGGUCAGAUCACGAAGCAAGUGGUGAAGCGAGGCACUAAAGUGUACACCCACAUCCCCCAUGGGUCGACGGUGCAGGAUCUCUCCAAGCUCGAUGUGAGCAGCUUCGAUGCCGUCAUCUUCCCAGGGGGCUACGGGGUCACCAAGAACCUGUCGACCUUCAGCAGCGACGGGAAAGAAUGUAAGAUCAACCCCGACGUGGAGCGAAUCAUGAAGGAGUUCCACUGCUCCCGCAAACCAAUCGGGCUGUCCUGCAUGGCUCCGAUCCUAGCCUGUCGGGUGCUGCCCAGCCUGGAGGUCACCAUGGGUCAGGAGCGUGACGAGAGUAGCCGCUGGGGCCGCUGGCCAUACACCAGCAUGGUGCAGGCGGUGAAGAGCAUGGGGGCCCGCCACUCCACCCGCGAGCCCUACGAGGCCCACGUGGACGAGAAGAACAAGGUGGUCAGCACGCCUACCUUCAUGUGGGAGACUGACUAUCACUACCACUACAUCUUCGACGGCAUUGGGAGCAUGGUGAAGCAUGUCAUGCGCAUGACCACCGCCAAGUAGAGAGGCCACGCCCCGGGCAGGACCAGGACACCCCUCACAAUAAAACUGCUUUCC